AAGAAGUAAAAAAGAUCGCUUCUGGCAAUAUUAGUUGAAAGUUAUACUGUGACAAGUCAAAAUGAUUCCAUAUUAAUUGAAAAGUCGAAAAAACAAAAGAAAAUAAAAUGAAAAUUACGAUUUCUUUGAUUUUCGAAUCUUUGAUUUUGGGAAAAAAAUGAAAACAUGCAUCGGUGUUUUAAUUACUGUUCUAUUUUGCCCCGGAAUCUGUUCUGCGUACAACUGGAGUUUUACGGCAUCAUAUCCUCAUUUUAGCGGUUUUACCGAUAGUCUGAAUCUACAAGCCGCCCUAGACAAUGAAAUGCAAACGGAUCUUUUGAAAAAACCACCAAUGCUCGGAACUGAUACUGGUGUACCUAGCAUGACGCGAACAUUAUAUAGUCCCACAUUGGAAGCAACGAUGAGAUAUGUUACGCCUUACUCGUUCAAUCAAGAUGAUGACAAGAGCAGCAUUUACCACAAUACUAUCAAUGAGAAAGGGAAUAAAGUGCGUCAAAAAGAGGAAAGCGAUGAAAACGAUCGGGAAUCCUGUCAAGAAUGUGACAAUGCAAACGAAUCAAAAAUCAGUGAGCCAUACUUUGUGGGUACAAAUCUCUUUGGAACUAUAAGAAACAAAUGCUUUUCUAUGGAGGACGUUGCACUUUUAACGGCACGCCGAGAUUUCGAAGUGAGUAGAUUGAUGCAACAUGAAUUUUGCGUAGCAAUUUUAGUUUUUUUUUCGCCUCAGAACUUAAUACCGAAAGAUUUGCCGCCGUGUCUAUUGAAUGAUCAUAUGGUCUCCGUAUUAGUAAAUUAUUUUCAUGCCUGCCAUCAAACAAUAUCACGCAUGGCUAUCGACGCUUCAAAGAGACUGGCCGAGAGAGCUUUUCACGACGCUGUAGGAGGCUAUCUGAAUUAUUAUUUGGUGCCAGUCACAAAAUUUUCCUUCUAUGCCGGUCAAGUUAGCUUAGGAACAGUGGAAAAUGUUUUAGAAAUGCUUAAGCAAUGUAAACAAUUUUUAAAUGUUAACGGCAACGGCUGGAAAUCUCCAAUGAAAGAUGUACUUAAAGAAUUGAAAUCGGUUCAUAUCGAGCCCUUGCAUUUAGAUGAGCAGGCAAAAAGUGGCGAUCCUUCGUUUUGCCUACGCUUGGAUACGAACAUUGGACAGUCAGAAUCUGAACAAGGAGAUAUGAUUGUCGGAUUGCCGAAAUUGGAGCCGGAAGAUCGUAACGAUUUCUUAGGUAAUAUUUGGUUGCCAUUCAAGUAUAAACGAUCUUUCGAUUUACGUGCAGAAAGUUCGGCUUAUAUAGUUGUGAAAUUCUAUGAAACGAUAACAAAAUGUUAUCAGUGCGAGCAUAUUAAUCAGGAUUGUUUUAAUGCAAAGUUUCGCACAUGGAUUCUGGAAAAUAUUCAAGUGCACUUAAGCGAUGAACAAUUUUACCCGGGAUUAGGAGCUAUUCUAAGAAUAAGCGAAAAUUUAAAAGCAGGUAAACGCGAUAAUCUCUAUGGAGAUAAUUUAGUCGAUAAAGAUGUCGAUUAUGCGGAAGCGAAGCAAAAAAGAAACAAACAGAGUCAUAAAUUAUAUAAACCGAUAUUUUUCGAUGAUGAAACUCGUGAAUUUCUCGAUAAUCUCACUAAGUCUAAGCUAUUAAAUGAGAAAACUAAAAAAUUAAUUGAAAAUUCACAUGGAACGCAAUCGAAAUAUCGCCCCCGUCCUCAUAAGCAGCGUCCUCAUCAUCAAAAUGCGCCCUCGGAUCAUCGAUUGAUUCCGAUCAAUUUACUUAAUAUGAGUCUAGGAAUUAGCCCUCUUAUUAAUUCAAGCCGACAAUUAUCUAGUUCCAGUUCUAACUUGGAUCAGUUCAAUACUAAUCCUAAUAUGAAUCUUUUGAGUACGGUUUACAAGGAGAUAUCACGGUUGGCCGAUUUAACAAAUCAAAAUUUAAGUAAAACCCAAUUAGCGGUUAGUAAUAACACCGCUCCUGCAUCAAAUGGUUUCCUGCGCCUUGAUCCAUCUGAAUUGAGUACACCCCAAGCAAUUAUUAUAUUAACUAUUCCUGUCGUGCUCAUCGUUAUCGUUGUCAUAAUUUGUAUAAAAAAAGGCAAAAGAAAGAAGUCACAGAAAUUGCCACUGGAAAGUGGCGGCGGUGGCGCUGGUAGUAGUGCUGCCGCCGAUGUUAUGAUGAAACGUUUAAAAUACCAAUCUCAUCCAGCCGUUCCUGGUAAUAACCGCAAUUUUCUUAAUGAUGUCAAACAUUUUUAAUCAAUGCUAUUGCGCUU